AGAAGGACGUAGGCUACACGGAAGUAGUAUGACGAAGUUCCUAUACAAAUGUAUCGGUGGUGGAGGCUAUGCUAGAUCACAAGAGAACUUCUGUCAAAUGAAUUAAUAUAAUUUAAUAGUUUAUGAACACAUCUGAUAAGGAAUGCCUAAGCAAUAAGUUGUUCAAGUCUGCAACCAAGAUUUUGCUGAGUCUGGAUAGUCCCAUUUCACUUUGGAUAUGGCCGUGGCACAAGGGUUCCGAAGCAGCAAGCAAGAUUUCUCGUUCGGACCGUGGAAGAUCACUGCUGCAAAAACUCACAUAAUGAAAUCAAAAGAUAUCGAGCGGUUGGCUGAGGAGAUGAAACUGCCCGCACUCCCAGAGAUGUUGUUUGGGGACAACGUCUUGCGCAUUGAGCAUUCAGAUGGCUUUGGCAUAGAGUUCAACGCCGUGGAUGCCCUCAAACGUGUAAAUAACAUGCAGGACUCUGUCAAAGUUGCCUGUGCCCAGGAGUGGCAGGAGAGCAGGGCGGAUUCCGAGCACUCCAAGGAAGUGGUGAAACGCUACGACUGGACGUACACCACAGACUACAGAGGGACACUGUUAGGAGAAAAUGUGAGCAUGACCCCUUCGCCAACAACCGAGCGCAUAGAUUUGGAGAAACUGAAGGCGCGGGAGCAGAUCGUGUUCUUCGAGGACGUGCUCCUAUUCGAAGAUGAGCUCCACGACCAUGGCGUGUCAAUGAUCAGCGUGAAGAUCAGAGUGAUGCCAACCAGCUUUUUCCUGUUGCUACGGUUUUUCCUGCGUGUCGACGGUGUGCUCAUUCGCAUUCACGACACCAGGCUCUAUCACGAAGCAGGCAGUGAUUUCAUGUUGAGGGAGUUCAGUGCACGGGAAAGCAAAAUAUCUGAACUAAAGCACGUUCCGCCUCCUCUGUAUACUGACCCGAACGAGAUUGCCCAGUACCUCCCUCUUCGCUUCUCAGAGUUCGAGAAAUUGGACUUUCCGGUGAAGGAAUGAGUUGGCCUCACGUGUAGGCCCAGACUACAUCCAAUUCGGACCCUGUGCACACUCACUGUAUUGCUUUUCCAAGGCUUAUAUUGCACUUAGUAACAGUGUCAACGUUCGUCUCUAUCUCAUUGUCUAUGCGUUGCGUUUGGGUAAUAAAUUGACUGAGCUGUCAUUAAUAAGUC